AUGCCGCCUACCGUACGCCAACACUCCUCGGGCUCUCUCGAUGCAUUCGAACCUGUUAUGGUGACUCCGGUGAUCGGAAACGAAUUCACCAAGGGUAAUUGCAACAUCGUGGAUGAUAUUCUGAAUGCUCCAAACGCCGACGAGCGUGUCCGUGAUCUCGCUAUCAUGAUCGCCGAGCGUGGCGUUGUAUUCUUUCGAGCCCAGGAUAAUCUCACAAAUGACCUCCAAAAAGAACUCAUUCUCCGCAUGGGCCAUUUAACCGGUCGUCCCGCUGACCAUGGCCUCCACAUUCACCCAGUGACCAACGAUGCGCGCGAAUUCGGAGACCCAGACCCCGCCAUCAGCACAAUCAAUUCGGAAGGUCGCAAGAAGCUCUACAAGGACUCCGAUUAUACGCGCAUGGCUGCUGUGUGGCACAGUGAUAUCGCAUUUGAAGAUGCGCCCGCCGAUUUCUCUUCUUUGAGAUUAGUACAACUCCCCAAAACUGGUGGUGAUACACUUUGGGCUUCUGGAUAUGAGAUCUAUGAUCGGAUCAGCAAGCCUUAUCAGAAGUUCUUGGAGUCAUUGACUGCCACUUAUGAUGGUGUGGGAUUCAGAAGAAUGGCCGAGUCGGGGAAGUUUGAGUUAUAUGCUGGUGAAAGAGGUGCACCGGUUAAUAUUGGACCAAAGCUUUGUGCUGAACAUCCGGUGGUACGAACUAAUCCGAUUACUGGGUGGAAAUCUAUCUUCGCAGUUGGAUCUUUCCCAUCGAAAAUCAAUGGCUUGAACCGCAAAGAGAGUGCUACCAUGCUACAGUGGUUCAACGAUCUUAUAACAUUUGGUCAUGAUCUCCAAGUCCGCUUCAGAUGGAACGAUGCAAAUGAUAUCGCCAUCUGGGAUAACAGAAGUGUCUUCCAUACUGCAACUGGAGAUCACGAAGGAUUUGGCCCUCGAAGUGGCAACCGAGCUGUUGGCGUGGGAGAGGUACCCUACUUUGAUCCGUCCAGCAAAUCCCGACGUGAAGAUUUAGGAAUCAUGAAUGAUCUAGCUCCCUGCCAUUUUUAA